UGGAGUCGCUCAGGUUCUGGGUCGGGGGCUCCGCGCUCGGCUCCUUCAGCUCAGCGCUCGACUUCUUCAGCUCAGCACCCGCCUGGCUACAGCAGGGCCGGGGCAGCACGGCCACUAGGCCUUCGGACUUGUUUGUAGCUGGGCGCUCCAGUCCGGGGGCUGGGACAGCUCCCGUCGCUCCCGGUUCCGCCGUACCCCUCUCCACGACCUGAGUUGGGCAUGUUUUCCAGGGCCCAGGUGAAGCAGAUCCUGCAGCGGGUGCCCGGGAAGCAGCGAUUCGGCGUCUACAGGUUCCUGCCCUUUUUUUUUGUCCUGGGAGGAACGAUGGAGUGGAUCAUGAUUAAACUGCGUGUGGGCCAGGAGACCUUCUAUGAUGUCUACCGUAGAAAAGCCUCAGAACGACAGUAUCAGAGAAGGCUGGAAAAUGCAUCAGAGACUGAACUUCAGCCGUCAAUAAAGUGAAUAUGAAAUUUCACUACUGAUUUCAACUCCUUUGAAAAUGUACUUUUCAGAUCUCUUUUUCUUAUUCCGAACUGCCUUUACAAAGAAUUUUUAUAAUUUUCCUGUCUGCUUCAAUACUUCCCAAGUCACUGUUGGACAGCACUUACGGAAGAACUAUUUCCUCCUGAAACACCUGCCCACUGAAUCUAUUCCAUGAAAUAUUUCUUAAACAAUUCAAGGAUCAAGCAGGAUGCUUUUUUAGUACAGUCUGAAUUGUUUGUGAAGUCUUUUGUUUCAGGCAACAAACUGAUAACCUUAAUUUCCUUUUCUCAGAAUUCAGAUUUAAUCAUGGACGUAAAAGUAAGAUCUCUAUUACAAGAUUAUUUAAACCAG